AGCUGUGGUGUCGGCCGCUGCGGCCGCCCGGCGCCCAACAAGGCGCUCAGUGUGAGCGGAGAACAACGGCGGCCGUGUUCCCGGCCCGGCCACAGAGGACGCUUGUUCCCCUUCAUCAAACAUUUAUUCAGAACCUCGUCCAGAUCCGCUCCACGAUAUGAUGCCGCUGCUCCCACCGGUCCUCCAGAACCGACCCACAGCCAGCACCGGAGGUCAGGGACCGGCUGGAGGCGGAGCCUUCUGACCGUGGAGGUCAGCGACCCCUGAGGGUUUCCACCAGGAAAACACGGCAAAAACACUCAAAAAGAAGAAAACGGAUCAAACUCCUGUUCUGGUAAGUGGAUCAGAACCGACCCAGCAGGUUCUGGUUCUACGGAGUGAGUCCUGGAGUUUGACUCUCUGCGGAGGAUCUAAGGAAUCCACCGGAUCUCCAUGGACCCGAGCCGCACAGAACCUGUGACUGAGGCCCGUCUGUCAGUCUACAGAACCACCAUGAAGGUCCGGUCUCUGCAGAGGUUCUGCCACAUGGACGCCGUCUUCAUUCAGCACAUUGCAGCAUCCUUCCAGCUGGUGGGUGGGGCUAACCCAGCAGGCUCCCAGCUGGUGGGUGGGGCUAACCCAGCAGGCUCCCACCUGGUGGGCGGGGCUAACCCAGCAGGCUCCCACCUGGUGGGCGGGGCUAACCCAGCAGGCUCCCAGCUGGUGGGUGGGGCUAACCCAGCAGGCUCCCAGCUGGUGGGCGGGGCUAAUCCCAGGCGGGACGCCAUGUUGAACAGGGAAAGCGUGGCCAUGGUUCUCAACAGGAUGUUUAAUUGCGCGUCCCAGGAAGUGACUGCGGCGGCCUCAGAGGAGACUGGCAGUCUACUGUUCAGGCUGCUUGACCGAGAGGGGACCGGUCAGGUGUCGGCCCGGUCUCUGCAGACCGUUCUGGUCGCUCUGUCUGCGGACAGCGUGCUGGCCAAGUACAGGAGUCUGGUUCGUUUGUCAGGAGACUGCUCUGGAUCUGUCACCAGGACUGCACUCAGCUCUCUGCUGCAGGACCUCAGCAAGGUUCCUGCGGCGGUCCAGGAGCAGGAAGUGUUCGGCAGUGUGGAGGCAGCAGUCACUUCCUGUUUUAACCAGGACGGGGCUCCAGCUGUGAGCCAAUCACAUCUCCUCUCGUGGCUGAAGAGCGAGCCCCGGCUGUGCUAUGGUUUACCGACUCUCUACGGACUGUCGGCCAGUCAGAAGGUGAGCCACGCCGUCCGCUGCCACACCUGUAAAGCCUUCCCCAUCGCCGGGCUCAGGUAUCGCUGCAGGAAGUGUGUGAACGUCCAGGUGUGUCAGGAAUGCUUCCUGAACGGCCGGCAGACCAGGAAGCAUAAAACACACCACCCAGUGGUCGAGUUCUGCACUCAGCCCACCUGGAAAGAGUCUCUGUCCUCCUUGGUGCAUAAUGCUCGUCACACCCUGUUGCCACGGCGACAUACUCACAGAGCAGCUGAUAGGACGAGCGUCCUGACAUGGGCGGAGCCAACACAGACCCAGAACAGAGCUCCGCCCACCUCUGAUGCUGCAACGCCACCGGCCGCCUCGGCGCGCUCUUCGUCCUGUGAUGAAGAGGAGGCCCGGGACGCCGCGGUGCAGGCGUCUCCUCCUCUGUCCUCGUCCAAGUCUCUGCAGACGGAUGAGGCUCCGCCCCCCAGGCAGGGGGCGGCGCUGCUGACUGAGGUCAGGAACCUGCAGAGAGACAAGUGGUUGCUGGAGCAACAGCUGGGGGCGUGGCGCCUCACCGUCCAAUCAGAGCAGGGCAUCCUGGAGGACCGCUGCUCUGAGAUGGAGGUCACCAUGGCAACGAUGAGGCAGCACAACGAAAAGCUGCAGGAGAUGCUCAACCAGGCUCUGAGAAAGAUGGAGGCUCAACAACACGCCAACAACACGCAUCACACUGAGGGAGGAGCCGCAACGCCGACCUCUGACCCUCCAACCGAUGAGGAGGAAGAGGAGGAGCUGAUGAAGGAUGGGGACGAAUGGGGCAUGAAUGAGCCUCAAACUCCAUCUCCCACAAUUCCACACAAACCCAGUCUGUCACAUGAUGAACAGGAGGAGGAAAUGCCAGAGGAACGUCAGCCAAUAGGACGACAGGAAUCAUUAAAAGACUCUCAGCCAAUAGGACGACAGGACUCAUUAAAAGACUGUCAGCCAAUAGGACGACAGGAAUCAUUAAAAGACUGUCAGCCAAUAGGACGACAGGAAUCAUUAAAAGACUGUCAGCCAAUAGGACGACAGGAAUCAUUAAAAGACUGUCAGCCAAUAGGACGACAGGAAUCAUUAAAAGACUGUCAGCCAAUAGAACGACAGGGAGACCUUGAGGAGGCGGGCCUACAAGCAAACAUUACCUGUCUGUCCGAUGAAGAGGAUCCUGGGACUUGUAGUCCUGAAGUCUUGCUGCAGCAGAUUGUGGACAGACUGAAGACAGAGAUGGACGGGGUGAGAGACAGAAACACAGGUGAGAGCGUGAGGGUGGAGCUAGCGGCGGCAGCGGAGCAGGUGGGGGACGCAGUGUCCAGCCUGGUGGACGCUGUGAGGACAAACUGAGCAGGCGUGGCUCUUAGAAAACGUUUUAUUCAGGACCAAUAUUUAAACACGCAGGUAGAAAAGGUAAAAACAU